AUGCGUCGACGCGCCCUCGACGCCGCGCGCGCGUCGCCCAGAGGUGGACGCACCGCCGAACGCGCGUCGUCGCGAUCGUCCGCGACGCCCGCGCGCGCUCGAGCGCGCUCGAGCGCGAGCGCGGGACAGGUGGACCCGAACGAGCGAGCGAAAUUCGAACGCGACGCCGCGCUGUGGUGGAACGAAACGCGCGGCCCGUUCGCGGCGUUGCACGCGAUGAACCCGACGCGCGUGGCGUUCGUUCGCGACGCGAUGCGGGAGCAGUUUAAGGAGACGCUGGGGACGAAUGCGAUGCGAGACGCCUUGAGAGGGACGCGCGUGUUAGACGUCGGGUGCGGCGGGGGCAUAUUCGCCGAGUCGUUGGCGCGUUUGGGGGCCGACGUGACGGCGAUCGACGCGGGGUUGGCGAACAUCGAGAUCGCCAGGGCGCACGCGGCGCGAGAUCCGGGUUUGGACGGACGAUUGCGAUACGAACACGUCGCCGCGGAGGCGCUGGGCGACAGAGGGGAGACGUUCGACGCGGUGACGAGUUUAGAGGUGAUCGAGCACGUGAGCGAUCCCAUGGGGUUUGCGAAAUCGCUUGGAAAGUUGGUUCGACCCGGUGGGGCUCUGUUUUUGAGCACAAUCAAUCGCACGGCGCGGUCGUUCGCGUUCGCCAUCGUCGGCGCCGAGCGCGCGCUCGGACUCGUGCCGCCGGGGACGCACUCGUUUUCAAAGUUUCUCACCCCCGGCGAGGUCGCUCUGUUGGCAUCUAGGAGCGGGUGCGAGAUGCGCGAGCUGGCCGGGAUGGUGUACGACCCCAUUCGUAACACCUGGGCGCUCUCGACGGAUGUGCAGAUAAAUUUCAUCGCGCACUGCGUCAAGGCGAAGGAAUCGACAAAGAAGAGUAAAGACUAG